GAGGAAAGAGCUGCGUGCCUGCGUUGUGCGGGCUUUGCUGUGAUUCCCAGAGCAGCUUCUCUGGGCUACUAACAGGCACUGGGCCUGCGUGUGGGGAGAGUGGAGAGGGACUGGGCCGAGAUGGAGCUGAUGGUUCUGCUCAACGCUCUUGUUACUCGCCUGCUGUUCGUGCUGCACUCCCUCAUCGGGGUAUGGAGAGUGACUGAAGUGAAGAAAGAACCCAAGUACUGGCUGCUGGCACUGCUCAAUCUUCUCCUUUGCCUGGAGACAGGGCUGACGCUCAAGUUUAAGCAAGGCAGAGGCUACAAAUGGUUUUCCCCAGCAAUCUUUUUGUAUCUGAUUUGCAUAGUACCAUCAUUAUGGCUACUGGAAAUUCACCAUGGGACACAGUAUUGCAGUAAUGAGCUUGAAGCUGUUCAGUUAAAUGUCACCAAUCAAGACAUCAGUCAGUCUCCAGACAGCAGUGAUGGAAGCGAGAGAAUAGAUCACCACAUCAUUCGGACGGCUAAAGUCUUGGUGAAUCAGCUCUCCACAAUCUGCGAGACUGUAUGGACCCUGGCCCUCCACCAGACCUUUCUACUACUUCUAGUAGUUGGGAGAUGGCUUCUCCCCAUUGGGGUUGAAAUCACACGGGACCAGUUGUCCCAGCUGCUUCUCAUGUUUGUAGGAACAGCAGCAGAUAUACUUGAAUUUGCUAGUGAAACCCUGGACAUUGAGGAUGUGCGGAAGAAUUAUAUUCUCAUAAAUGCGAUUCUUGCUGUAUGGACCUGGAGUAUGUUACAGUUUCCACUUGAUCUUGCAGUACAGCAUAUUGGCUGCAAACCAACUGCAUCAAGCAGGCAGAUUCCUAGCCUGCUGCUGUGCAGGUAUAGUGCAGAGCUGUGGAACAUCGGGGUCAGCUUGUUCAUACAGGAUGGACCCUUCUUCAUUGUGCGCUCAAUCCUGAUGGGCCACUUUCGAAUAUUCAAUCAGAUGCUGGUGUUUUUUACAGCUAAGAAUAUCUUAGUUGUGAUCCUACAACUGUAUCGCUUGGCAGUGAUAACGUUAGAUUUUCGCAGUACUAUUCUGCAAAAGAGCAGGAAGGGAGAAGUUGGCUGCUGCCCAUGUGAGCCUUAUGAAGCUACUACUCAUGCUACUGCUGAGCAGGAUGCCGACAUGAACGAGUGUGUUGCUUUUCCACUGAAAGAGGAAUCCCAGGCUCCAUUGGAAGACCACUGAGCACCGUGAUUGACUCAAGACCAAUUUCAUUUCUCAGCUGCUUCAGAAGGGCCUAUUUCUAUGGUGAAACUGACUUUGAGCACAAUUCAUCGCUUCCACUAAGAGAUUAGUAAUUUCUUCUAAACUGUAGGGGAAAUUUCUGAAGGAAAAAAAAAUAAAUCAUAGAAAUGGGACAUUUUGUAUCCCACUGGAUCUGGGGGGUUUUUGACCAGUUCCCUACUAUAUUAUUCACAGGGAUUUUGUAGCCGUAGUUUGUAGUAGCAAGAAAGGUUGGCACACUAACGAAGUUGGUUGUAAUCUUUGGUGGCACUUUGCUAAUGUAUGUACUUGCCUGUAUUCAGAUAGAAGGACAAGCCUAUCCCAAUGGAACAGAGGAAACACAGAAGCAUUUAGCCCUACUUCAGUGGUUGGGCUACAGCUAAGAUGAACAUUAUGAUCACUGUGCAUAACAACAGCUUCAGCAGCGACAACUGCAGACAUGCAAGGGAAUGGGCAUAACAGAUUCCUACUGUUACUGUGACAUCUAAACAUUGUUCAUUCAGAAAGGUUUGGAAAAGCUUCACUGAGUGUUACUCCAUUUCUGGCUGGAUUUUCAGUUUAAAAACUACAAAACACCAUGAAAUGUCACAAAAAAGACUGUCUCUUAGGACCUGCAUAGUCUGAAUAAUCUAAACCUUACAAAUAAAUAGAUAUAUUAAAAACAUGGGGAAAUGCCCAAAGACCUGCUUGUCACCUGGUCAUUUUCUACAGAAGUACUUGCCUUUAAAUUUCUACCAGUCAGAACACAUACAAAAUAUAUAUAUGUGUGUGUGUGUGUGUGUAUGUGUGUAUAUAUAAAACCAGGAAAAAAACUUGUAAUUUUUAUUUCCUGCUACACUGUGUUUGAAGUUGAGUGCAGAUUUUAAGUGUUGCCAUUUUAUAGUUUUUUAUUAUUUUUAAGUGUCCUGACUCAGGUGUACAAUCUAAUAAGAAAAUUGUCCUGUCAAAUGUGACUGGUGCCAUCUAGACAAAAGGAUUCUGACUUGUGCUUCACACUUCAUGAAGCACCACUAAAUACCAUGGAAUCAUUUGGCCUAUUUAGCGUCAAGGUCUGUUUUUUAAAAAAGGCAUGCAUUUACUUUUGUGUUUGGGGUGAAUAACAUGGGAUAUGAAUCAUUUCUUCCAGGAACACUUUACAUCAAUGUAAAACCAAUGACCCUGCUGGGCUUAGCUGGAAAGAUAAGUAAGUUUUGAAAAUCUGUCCCAAAAUGAUAUGCUCACUGAAAAUGGCAGGUACUUCCUACAGAUUUCUACAUCCACUUUUAAUGAGAUCAGAAAAGCAUGUUAAUUAAAAAAAAAAAAAAAUUAAUCUCACAAGUAGGAAGUAGCCUAAUUAAGGUAAUUUCCUCUAUUAAGCGACCCCAGUUUUACCAAGGGCCUCAGAUAUCUAAAAAAUACAGGAUCUGUUUACAAAUGCGUUAAAGUGCUCCUGCCACCACCACAGCAGUCAUAUGCGUAUUAGACUAAUAAGCAAUGUUGAUAUUACAAUAUCAGUUAUAAUUAUGUCAAUUAAUAAUAAAUGUCAAUAUUUAUUCCCCAAAGGAUGUACCUAUUUAACAAUGAACCUAUUUAAAAAUUUCCCAAACACGCGAACCUGUGUUUGAAUUUUAUGAGCUGUUAAACCUUGAGAUCUGUUUCAUGUAGGAUCAGGCCCCUUCACCAGGAGAGAAGAAAAUGCACAGCCAUAAAGAAACAAGUCUUAUGCACUCAUAGCCCAUUCUACCACUUGUACCUUAGGAAUAACAUGCAACACAUCCUGCUCUUCUCAUUUUGAGCCUCUUUCCAGCAGAAGGAAAAAAAAGUCAGUCACCAUUUACAGUGCUGUUGUAAGGUUGACAUAUUUAGAGUUGAAUGCAACUUUUAUAGGCAAAGAAGCUAAAGUACUGCUGCUGACCAGCUGUGUUGUUAAAGCCUUUCACACCAAGGUGCAUUUAGAAUCAGCUGGUAGCACUGCAACAUCUCUUCUUUGUUGACGCAAGUCAGAUCUACUCACAUUCAUUGAGUUCACCACUUGCUGAUGUAGUAAUUACCCUGUUAAAAGGAUCCUUGCUAAUUAAUUUGAAGUGUACUGAUCUUCCUAGAACAUCAUUUGAAAUUCACCAGCAAAAAAAAAAAUAAUAAUAAUAAUUGCAAGUACUUGCUACCUAUUUAAAGGCUUAGUUCAACAACAACCAGGCUCAGCCUGCAGCAAAUGCAAGAUUCCCUGGGGUCAGCAAUACAAAGACUAGUUACAGCAGGAGUAUUAUACAAGCAACUAUAUUUCCUGAUCUUCAGGCUGUUUCAUUUUAAGUAGCAGUAAAGCUCUUAUCAGACUUACUUUGAGAAUAACUCACUGCAAUGCUAGGUUCUUUACUAGAUUCCAUCGUUAUUCAGACAAUUACAAAAUGCAUAAGAACCACACCCUCAUGCUUAGGAUAGAACAGAUUUGGACUUUCUUUUUCCUUCCCACCACUAUGGGCAAAGACAGAUUGCUUAAAAGCAAGGGAAGAAAAAACAGAUAGACAAACAAAGCACUUAAAUGGUAGGCAGCCUGCCCUCCUGCCUAUGCGGAGAGGGGAAAUCGCAUUUGCCAGGUAGCAACAGGAAUGACUGACGGAGUGCAUUUCUAAUUCAUUGAGAAGACUGGCUAGCAAUUAAAAAGUCUAAUGAUUUGUAUGUUCAGUCACAGCAGCAAAUCCCAGUGGGAAAUCAUUUUCACCUUCCUCUUGCAAAUUUCUUGAGAGAGAGGACAAUGGAGCUGUUUUGUAGCAGGAUGAGUCGGUUGAACCAGCAGCUGGGUGCAGGGUGCCGCAUUGUCAUACUGGUGCCUUUCAGAGCAUCAUGCUAUGCAAGUGGUAGAAUGUAUUCUCCUUAAGAUCUGACAACUGGUGUCACACUUGUUUUUCAGAAAAUGCUGCAGUAAACUGUUGGAAUUGGGAAAAUUCAAUCCUUCUAGAUGGGAGGAUUUCAGAACAUCUGUCUUAACUGUUAUUUACUCCUAAGUCAGGAGAAUCACAUUACUAAAUCUCUUAGGCAAACAGAUAUCUAGCUGUUACAGUUAUUUAUCUCGUUGUACCUGCUUUGUCCUUCUAGAUUAUUCUAGGUAGGUCACUCCAAAAGUAAUUCUAUUUAUUUCUAUGAAAACUACAACAAAUACGAAGUGCACAAUAACGUAAUUUGAUAGCAUAAAUACUGCAAAACAUUUUUGAACACAGUCCCCACCAGUAGCUAUGCAUUUGCACCAGUGAUGAACAAGAGCUGCAUGCUGUGCUUGUAGAAAUUUGCACCAGCGGGGGAGGCCCACUGUCAUUACUGCCACUGCUGAAAUACACCACUCACCACCUCAUUGUGCUCACAUCCACUGGUUGGUCUCCACAAACAUUCAGCAAGUGUCAAUGAAUGCCAAUGGGUGCCAUUUUUUUCCCACAUGGAGGAAUUCAGUUCCACCCCCUUACUUCAUUUGCACUUGCACGUCAGAUGCCAUUCUGUCAGACUGCCCCUCUGCUGCCAUCCAUCACACAGCAACAAAGUAUAAUGAAAUAUUGGUGGAAGGUUCAACCAGUACUGCCGUACCACCAACAUCCGCCUCUGAUGUCAUGGGCCAACAUCAUAAAAAAGGAGGCAUUAUUUUGGAGCAGCUCUUACAUAUUACAAAUCACUGCACUGUUUUGCCACUUGUCUUUUCCUCAGCUAAAAUGUAUUUCUGCUUUCUUUUGGACUUCGGCUCAAAUAAGAUCAUAGCUUUGAGCCAAUAAUAAUAAUAAAAGCAACAAUAACCAUUAUUUCAUUGCAUUUCUGCUGGUAUUUUUACUGUACUAUAUUUUCUGGUACUAUGUGAAUAUAGAAGAAAAUGUUCAAUUACUUCUUAAAAAUUCCAACUUUAUUUUGAAAAUAAAAGGCAGUUACC